AUGGCCGCGCCUGGAGGUCCCUGUGCUAGCCGGGAGGUCUGGAACCAAACGGAAUCUGAGCCUGCUGCUGCCCACCUAUUGAGCCUGUGCUUCCUGAGGACAGUAGGAGUGUGGGUGCCCCCCCUGUACCUCUGGGUCCUCGGCCCCAUCUACCUCCUCUACCUCCACCGCCAUGGCAAGGGCUACAUCCGGAUGUCCCCACUCUUCAAGGCCAAAAUGGUGCUUGUGUUUGCCCUCAUACUCCUGGGCACCUCCAGCGUGUCCACUGCUCUUUGGAGAAUCCAGCGGGGAAUGCCUGAGGCGCCAGAAUUCCUCAUUCACCCCACUGUGUGGCUCACCACCAUGAGCUUGGCUGUGUUUGUGAUCCACAUGGAGAGGAAGAAGGGGGUCCAAACAUCCGGCGUGCUCUUUGGAUUCUGGCUGCUCUGCUCUGUCUUUCCAGCUACCAGCAUCGCCCAGCAGGUCUCUCAAGGGGGAUUUCAGAGCGACCCCUUCCGCCACCUGUCAACCUACUUGUACUUGGCUCUGGUAGUGGCCCAGUUUUUGCUGUCCUGCCUUGCUGACCAAUCUCCCUUCUUCCCUAAACACCCCCAGAAGUCGAACCCAUGUCCAGAGGCUGGUGCUUCCUUCCCCUCCAAGGUCACAUUCUGGUGGGUUUCUGGGCUGGUCUGGAAAGGUUACAGGAGGCUAUUGGGACCGAAAGACAUCUGGUCGCUUGGGUGGGAAAACUCCUCGGAAGAAAUCGUGUCUCAGCUCCAAAGGGAGUGGACCAGCAACCACAGAGCUGCCCAGAGGCACACGGAGGCCACAGCAUUUCAGAGGGAAGGAAGCCAUUUUGUGAAGGCCUCAGAGACCAAGGCCUUCCUACAGCAUGAGGGGAGCAAGAGGGGUCCACUACUGAGGGCCAUCUGGCGGGUGUUCCGGUCCACCUUCCUCCUGGCCACGCUCAGCAUGAUCAUCAGUGAUGUCUUCAGGUUUGCGGUCCCCAAGCUCCUCAGCCUCUUUCUGGAGUUUAUAGGUGACCCCAAGACCCCAGCCUGGAACGGCUAUCUCCUGGCAGUGCUGAUGUUCCUCACCGCCUGCCUGCAAACGCUGUUCGAGCAGCAGCACGUGUACAGACUCAAGGUGCUGCAGAUGAGGCUCCGAACAGCCAUGACCGGCCUGGUGUAUAGAAAGGUCCUGACUCUGUCCAGCAGUUCCAGAAAGGCCAGCCCAGUAGGGGACGUGGUGAACCUUGUGUCUGUGGACGUUCAGCGGCUGGCCGAUAGCAUCCUUUUUCUCAACGGGCUGUGGCUGCCCAUCAUCUGGAUCAUCGUCUGCUUUGUCUACCUCUGGCAGCUUCUAGGGCCCUCUGCCCUCACCGCCGUUGCUGUCUUCCUGAGUCUCCUCCCUCUGAACUUCUUCAUCACCAAGAAGAGGAACCACCAUCAGGAAGAGCAGAUGAGGCAGAAGGACUCUCGAGCACGACUCACCAGCUCCAUCCUCAGGAAUGUGAAGAUGGUCAAGUGCCAUGGCUGGGAGGAAGCCUUUCUGGAAAGAGUCCUACGCAUCCGGAACCAGGAGCUGGGGGCACUGAGGACUUCUGGCCUCCUCUUCUCUGUGUCUCUGGUGUCCUUCCAGCUGUCCACAUUUCUGGUGGCACUGGUUGUGUUUGCCAUCCACACGCUGGUGGCCGAGGAGAACGCCAUGGAUGCCGAGAAAGCCUUUGUCACCCUCACUGUCCUCAACAUCCUCAACAAGGCCCAGGCUUUUCUGCCCUUUUCCAUCCAUUCCAUCAUCCAGGCUCGGGUGUCCAUCGACCGCCUGGUCACCUUCCUCUGCUCGGAAGAAGUUGAUCCUGAGGCUGUACAUGCAAGUCCCUCCAGAUGCCCUGCCGGGGAGGAUUGCAUCAGUGUGCGCGAGGGCACCUUUGCCUGGACUCGGGAGAGCCCCCCCUGCCUGCACAGGAUAAACCUCACGGUGCCCCAGGGCUAUCUGCUGGCGGUGGUGGGACCAGUGGGGGCAGGGAAGUCCUCCCUGCUCUCCGCUCUCCUUGGGGAGCUGUCCAAGAUGGAGGGAUCUGUGAGCAUCAGGGGUCCCAUGGCCUAUGUGCCCCAGGAGGCCUGGGUGCAAAACACAUCUGUGGUGGAGAACGUGUGCUUCAGGCAGGAGCUGGACCCGCCAUGGCUGGAGAGAGUCCUGGAGGCCUGUGCCCUGUGGCCAGAUGUGAGAAGCUUCCCAGCAGGAGUGCACACCCAAAUUGGGGAGCAGGGCAUGAAUCUCUCUGGUGGCCAGAAGCAGCGGCUGAGUCUGGCCCGGGCCGUGUACCGGAAGGCUGCUGUGUACCUGCUGGAUGACCCCCUGGCGUCCCUGGAUGCCCACGUGGGCCAGCAAGUCUUCAACCAGGUCAUCGGGCCCAGUGGGCUGCUCCAGGGAACCACGCGGAUCCUGGUGACCCACACGCUCCACGUCCUGCCCCAGGCAGAUUGGAUCGUGGUGCUGGAAGGUGGGGCUGUUGCCGAGAUGGGCUCCUACCAGGAGCUUCUGCAGAGGAAUGGGGUCCUGGUAGGCCUUCUGGAUAGAGGCAGCCAGCCGGAUGGAGGAGAAGGAGAAUCGGAAGCUACGACCGAUGCCGAGGCCCCAGGAGGCUCCGCUGGAGGCAGGCGGUCCGUGAGUGGCCCUGAGGGGUCCAUGAAGUUAGUCCCUGAGAAGGACAGCACCACUCAAGAGACCCAGACAAGGCCUUCCCUGGGUGACCCCAAGGGAGCAGGGCAGAUGACAGGAGAGGACAGCGUGCGAUACGGCAGGGUGAAAGCCGCCAUGUACCUGACCUACCUGCGAGCAGUGGGGACUCCUCUCUGCCUCUACGCUCUCUUCCUCUUCCUCUGCCAGCAAGUGGCUUCCUUCUGCCGUGGCUACUGGCUGAGCCUGUGGGCGGAUGACCCCAUCGUAGCUGGGCGGCAGGCACAGGCAGCCCUGCGGGGCUGGGUCUUCGGGCUCCUGGGCUGUCUCCAAGCCAUCGGGCUGUUUGCAUCCAUGGCCACAGUGCUCCUCGGGGGGGUCCGGGCGUCCAGCCUGCUCUUCCAGAGACUUCUGUGGAAUGUGGCACGGUCUCCCCUGGGAUUCUUUGAGCGGACACCUGUCGGGAACCUGCUGAACCGCUUCUCCAAGGAGACAGACACGGUGGACGUGGACAUCCCGGACAAGCUCCAGUCCUUGCUCCUUUAUGCCUUUGGGCUCCUGGAGGUUAGCCUGGUGGUGACAGUGGCCACCCCGCUGGCUGUGGUGGCCCUCCUGCCACUGCUGCUCCUCUACGCUGGAUUUCAGAGCCUGUAUGUGGCCAGCUCAUGCCAGCUCAGGCGCCUGGAGUCCGACAGACACUCGUUCGUGUGUUCCCACGUGGCUGAGACAUUCCAGGGCGGGACAGUGGUCAGGGCCUUCCGGGCCCAGGGCCCCUUCGUGGCUCAGAAUGACGCGCACGUGGAUGAAAGCCAGAGGGUCAGUUUCCCCCGGCUGGUGGCCGACAGGUGGCUCGCUGCCAACCUGGAGCUCCUGGGAAACGGGCUGGUGUUUGCGGCUGCCGUGUGCUCUGUGCUGAGCAGGGCCCGUCUCAGCGCCGGCCUCGUGGGCUUCUCAGUCUCUGCUGCCCUCCAGGUGACCCAGACGCUGCAGUGGGCUGUUCGAAGCUGGACAGACCUGGAGAACAACAUCGUGUCAGUGGAGCGGAUGAAUGACUACACCCGCACGCCCAAGGAGGCACCCUGGAGGCUGUCCACCUGUGCAGCCCGGUCCCCCUGGCCUCACGGGGGACAGAUUGAGUUCAGGGACCUGGGACUGAGAUACCACCCUGAGCUCCCGCUGGCUGUGAGGGGUGUGUCCUUUGAAAUCCACGCGGGGGAGAAGGUGGGCAUCGUUGGCAGGACAGGCGCGGGGAAGUCGUCCCUGGCCGGGGGCCUGCUGCGGCUCGUGGAGGCGGCGGAGGGCGGGGUCUGGAUCGACGGGGUCCCCAUCGCCCACGUGGGCCUGCACACCCUGCGCUCCAGGAUCACGAUCAUCCCCCAGGACCCCAUCCUGUUCCCCGGCUCCCUGCGGAUGAACCUGGACAUGCUGCAGGAGCACUCGGACGACGCGCUCUGGGCAGCCCUGGAGACCGUGCGCCUCCGCGCCCUGGUGGACGGCCUGCCCGGCCGGCUGCAAUACGAGUGCGCUGACCAGGGCGGUGACCUGAGCGUGGGCCAGAGGCAGCUCCUGUGUCUGGCACGUGCCCUCCUCCGGAAAACCCAGAUCCUCAUCCUGGACGAGGCCACGGCCGCCGUGGACCCGGGCACGGAGCUCCAGAUGCAGGUGGCCCUGGGGAGCUGGUUCGCCCAGUGCACCGUGCUGCUCAUUGCUCACCGCCUGCGCUCCGUGAUGGGCUGCUCCAGGGUGCUGGUCAUGGACAAGGGGCAGGUGGCAGAGAGCGGCAGCCCGGCCCAGCUGCUGGCCCAGAAGGGCCUCUUUUACAGGCUGGCACAGGAGUCAGGCCUGGUCUGA